CACAACUGCUCUUCUGAUUAGACCCAACUAGAACACCACUUUCCUUUUAAUUUUUAAUUUUUUUUUUCGUUUUUAUUGUAAAAUUUCAGUUAGGGUUUUAAAAUUUUUAAUCUAGAAAUCCCAAUUAGCGGGUUAUUAUGGAUGAUGCUGAUUUUUUAAACGAUGAAAUACUCGAAAAAAUCGAUUGGGAUGGUUUCUUCGAUGAAUUACCAGAGGACGGAAAUGCUUUUUCUCUCGAACCCAUGGGUUUACCCGAUUCGGUUUCACCGGAAAUCGACGAGAUCCAGACCUUUUUGAUGAACGACGACGACGGCAACAACAAUUCUGGCGAGGCGGAGCCGAGCAACGAGUUCUGUGACAGCUUUUUCGCCGAUAUACUCGCGAAUUCCCCUGUAGAGGCUUCCGGUGAGGUCGUCGAUGCGUCUUCUCCGAUCGAUAAGGACUCUUCCGGUGAUUCCGAUGACGGAAGCGGUAGUUCGGUGAAGGAGAAGGUCGAUAACGAUGAUCAAACUCAAGAUGAUGAUAAUGAUGGUGCUGAUGAUCCUACCUCCAAGAAACGAAGAAGGCAGCUGAGAAAUAGGGAUGCAGCGGUGAGAUCAAGGGAGAGGAAAAAGAUGUAUGUGAGGGACCUUGAGUUAAAGAGUAGGUAUCUGGAAGGGGAAUGUAGGAGACUGGGGCAUUUGCUUCAGUGCUGUUACGCCGAGAAUCAUGCCUUACGGCUUAGUUUGCAUUCAGGCAGCGCAUUUGGUGCUUCAGCGACCAAGCAGGAGUCUGCUGUGCUCUUUUUGGAAUCCCUGCUGUUGGGUUCCCUGCUUUGGUUCCUGGGCAUCAUGUGCCUAUUCAAUCUGCCAGCAAUGCCCCAGUUAAUCCUGGAAAUGGUUCCACUCGUAAACGUGGGACAGAGAAACCCAGGAGUAGCUCUAAGAGGGGCAAGAAGUAAGAUGUUUGGAGACUUGAUGGUACAAUCUUUUGUAAAGAGUAGGAGAUGCAAAGCUUCGAGGACAAAAAUGAAACCGAGUUACCUUGCUGUCACAAACCUUGUUCUCUGAGUCUUUGUGGGAGACUUCUUCUUCCUUUAUAUGCUCAGUUGUCUCUCUUUUGAUGUCUAGGUGUUGAGAGUAGUUAGUUAAGUGAUAAUAAAUGAUACUAAGUUACUAACGGACAUGCUGGUGGAUUUUUAAUGAGUAAAUUAAGUUAUGGUUCCCUGUUUA